AUGGGUGGCAUAUUACCCACACUCUGCCUGGCCCUGUGGUUAGCGACAGCAACUCAAGGACAACUCGUUCGUCAUGACAACUCCUUCCAACCCGACCAUAUUCUCCGAGUGACAGCUCAAAAUUACAGCCAAGCAUGCAUGGAAAGAUACUCAGUCUUGGUGAACGAGUCCUCUCCCGGUCCGGAGUUGCGUCUCCAGGAAGACAAAGUGAGCUGGAUCCGUGUUUACAACGACAUGGAGGAUUCCAAUGUCACAAUGCAUUGGCACGGUCUUUCUGCUGUUACCGCGCCCUUCUCAGAUGGUACUCCAAUGGCCAGCCAAUGGCCUAUUCCUCCUGGCCACUUCUUUGACUAUGAGGUCCGCCCUGAGGUCGACCAUGCUGGCACGUACUUCUACCAUUCACACGUUGGGUUCCAGGCCGUCUCUGCCAUAGGCGCACUUAUUGUGGAAUCGGCCCAACCCCCGCCAUACAAGUACGACGAAGAGCGCAUUAUUGCUCUGUCAGAUUUCUUCGCGAAAACAGACCAGGAGAUCGAGGAUGGCCUUCUCUCAGCUAACUUUUCAUGGAGUGGAGAGACGGAUGCCGUCUUGGUGAACGGCCAAGGCCGACUGUCCACUAAUGCCACGGGGUCCUGCAAACUGGCUACUAUCAGCGUCAAGCCUGGGAAGACAUAUCGUCUACGGUUUAUUGGGGGAACGGCUUUGUCAUUUAUCUCUUUGGCCAUUGAGGGCCACGAUCUAUUCGAGAUCAUCGAAGCGGAUGGUCAUUACACCAAGCCGGUGAAUACGAGUUACUUGCAGAUUGCCAGCGGCCAACGGUACAGUGUGCUGUUAAAGGCCAAGACCGAAGCCGAGUUGGAAAAGGCGAGGUCCAGACAAUUCUACUUCCAGCUCACCACCCUCGGCCGGCCAACUGUCCUGACAGCCUUUGCAGUUUUGGAAUACCCAUCUCCAAACACGACUGAUUUGACCACCGUCCCUGCCCCUCCUCCCCUCCCCGUGGCGAAGAUCACGUAUGGCUGGAUGGACUACGCCCUGGAACCGUACAAGCCAGAUCCCAACUUCCCAACAUCCACAGAAGUAACCCGACGCAUCAUAAUCGACGUUCACCAAAAUGUCAGUGCUCAUCUCGUCUGGCUCCAAAGCGGAUACGACUGGAUGGAAACAUUCCCCAAGUCACCCUACCUAGUCGAUAUAUACACCGGCAAACUAGACCUAGACGCCUCAUACCAGCGAGCAAUGACCAGUGGCAACGGCUUCGACAACCAAACCCGCCUCUACCCCGCAAAGAUGAACGAAGUCCUCGAAAUAAUCUGGCAAAACCAAGGAGCAGUAAACACCGGCGGCGUCGAGAACCACCCCUUCCACGGCCACGGUCGACAUUUCUACGACAUCGGCGGCGGUGACGGGCUAUACAACGCGACAGAAAACGAGAAGCGCUUGAAAGGGACACACCCACUAGUUCGGGACACGACCGUGCUGUACGCGUAUCGAAGUCAAACGACCGCUCUAACGCCGUCGGGUUGGAGGGCGUGGCGGGUUCGGGUUACGGAUGCUGGGGUGUGGAUGAUGCAUUGUCAUAUUCUUCAGCAUAUGGUCAUGGGCAUGCAGACCGUUUUUGCAUUUGGAAACCGGUCGGAUAUCACGGUGCAGUCGGAUCCUGUUGAUGAGGGUUAUUUGACGUUCGGGGGCUCGGCGUAUGGGAAUGUUUCCUAUGACCCGCUUGUCCGGCACUUUUUUCAUGUGUAA